UCUUUUGCUAACCACGGCUGCAGUAAAUUUCGUUCUGCGUCCUUGGUUCACUCAUCAGUCGUUCCUCGCACGGAGUUCGGGAGGCGGUGUAUCGGUCAUGGAAAAGCAUCGAGGGCGUUGACAAAUUCGAGCUUGCCUGCGCUUCUUCCCUCCUUGGAACCUCGUUCGGUUUUUUCACGAUCCAUCUGCUCUGUCUUUCGGCAUUGCUACGGCGUUUCCCGGUUUCGCUGUCUCUGCUCUUUCGCGUACCUGGGAUGCUAUGACAUGAGGAACGGAAGGGUCAUUAUGAGGGAUGGCUGCUGGACUCGUUUUCAGUUUUCUUUUCUGCGCGUUGCCUUUCAACUCAUUCAUUUUCGUUUCGUUCGUCCCGCGCUUUAAGGCUUAUCUUCACUGCGCCCGUCACCAGCCCAGGCAUCGAGGAGAUGGUCAGUUGGGAGCAGGAAUCGACAGCGGUUCUUUUUACCCAUCUGGCUUGGAACUCGGCGAGAGGAUUGAUAUCUUUAUAGAUUCUCUCCUCGAGGAUAUUGGACUUUGGUUGGUUGGCUUGUUCCUGCCUUCUACGGUUCAGGUUGGUCCGCGGCGAGAUAUCUAUCUGCUGGUACUCGCAGGGACGCUGCUUACUUAUUCGCGCAAUGUUAUUCGAUCACUGAGAUUGCUGCCUUGUUGCUGCUCUUGCUGUGUUUCCUGCCUGCAUGUUUUUUGGAUGCUCGCUCUUUACCUUGCCUUGCGUGCUAUGUCUCUUCCCGCCUUGGAUGGGUGUGUUUGAUGUGUCUGUCUAUGGCGGCGGCAAGUGCUUGCCUCCCGGUCACGGGAGGUUCAACUUAUCCAGGAAAAGACGCAGGGAGUCAUCGACAUGGCCGACCUGAUGCCAUCCGCUCUGGAGGCUGACCUCUGGCUUGAGAACAGCACAGGGUCGCCAGACUACGGCCCUGAG